AUGCGCGGGAAAUUCAUCGUGAUGCCCGUGAACAAAUUCAUGGACACGUUCGCUCCGGAAUCUGAGGUGAUGGCGAAGAAACCAUUCAAGCCGAAUUUCAAGAAGGCGUUCAAGGAGAUGGAGAACGUACUCGAAGGUACAGUACGAGAAGAGCAAAUGUAUAAACCUCUGGUCAAAUGCGUCCAAAAUUACAAGCUUUGCAAGGGGUAUGUCCUCAAGCUGGUGCAGAACAAACCCGACAAGGCGGACCCCUCGAGGCAGAAGGUUGAUGCAGCGCUGUUUCUUCCUGAGAAUGCCAAGCAGAGAAAGACCUUCGACGAUAGUAGGCCACAUUGGGCACUUCAGCGGCUUUCGAUUGAGUUCAAGAAGCAUAGAACGGAGGAUGAUCCUUUCGAAGAUCCAAAGACGAAGGGCGAGGAUGAAGAUAACCUGCACCACGAUUCUGAGCAGGGCGACGAGGUCCAAGUAGAUGACGUGCACGACGCGAACGACGAUGACGUGGGCGAUAUGGACAAUGUCUUCCUGGAUGAAGAUGAGACAUACGGAGACGGUGACCCGACAAUGGAAGACGAUGAGGACGGCGACGAAGAGAAUCCCCUUCAGAUGGCUUAUGGAAAUUCAUCCAGAGAGACCUUCGAGACAGCUUAUGAGCCGCCCGCUGACCGACGAGCUGCGGUUCGAGGGCAGAUUAUCUCCUACGCCAAAAUACUCUUCUCACGCCAACAUCGCUGCUUCGCAUUCACGAUUCUCAUCCUCCGUGAUGUUGCGCGGAUUAUUCGCUGGGAUCGGGCCGGUACUGUUGUCACGAACAAAUUCAAGUACACGAACACCGAGUAUCUUGGCAAGUUCCUGUGGCGAUUCUGUAAUAUGACUGACAAACAGCAAGGAUACGAUACGACGGCCGUUGCUGUGAAAUGCGGAUCGGCAGACUACAAGCUCAUGGAGCAGCUGGCCAGGAAUCCACCAGAAGGUGCUGGCUCCGAGUACGCGAGGGAAUCGUUCGCGAAGUCCAUGCCCAAUCUCUCGAAGGAGAAUCCUAAUGACUGGUCGUGUUGGAAACUGACCGUACAUCCGGAAAAUGGAAAGGCGACCGACGGCUCAGACCCUCGACCUGCAGGGAGGAAUGCGCGCAAGAAGCCACGUUUGCAACAUUUUUUGGUGGGAAAGCCUCAUUUUCAGGCGUCAGGUAUGACAGGCCGGGUUACACGAGGCUACAUUGCGUACGACUGCCAGGAUAACAAGUUCGUCUUCCUGAAGGAUGUGUGGCGCGUAGACCUGCCAGACAUCGAAAAGGAGGGAUACAUCCUCCAGUCUCUCAAUGACGCAGAAGUCGCAAAUGUCCCGACUCUGGUUUGCCACGGGGACGUUCUAGAUGUUGAAGAUGUCGGAAAUGUCGUACAUGUUGAACGACAACGGACGAAGACGGACACUUACUGGCACGAGUUCUAUAGUGGACAGAUGAACCCGAUCAAGACCCACACACAUUAUCGGCUAGUAGUCGAAGAAGUCUGUCGUCCGCUGAGCGAUUUCAGGAAUUCUUUGGAGUUAGUGAUGAUUAUAGCACACUGCAUCAAAGCUCAUCGUCAGGCCAUGAAAAAGGUUAGAAUAACUCACCGAGAUAUCAGUGCAGGAAAUAUUCUCAUGAAUGAGAAAACUGCAACUAUUAAUGGCCGGCAAGUCCCCAUCAGGGUGGGGAUUCUAAGUGAUUGGGAACUAUCCAAACAGGUCGAGGACGAGGACGAUGAGACGGAAGCCACAGACAAGGAAACAGGAGGCAACAGUCAGAAGGCAAGACAGCCUGAUCGUACUGGAACAUGGCAGUUCAUGUCCGCUAUUCUUCUGGACAGGCCUACCAGGGCGGUCGAGGUUGCAGAUGAACUCGAGGCAUUCUUCAAUGUCUUGUUGUAUUACCUCAUCAGGUACACGAACAGUAACAUCGACGACCCGGCCACUUUCAUGUCGCAGUACUUCGACGAAUGCACCAUAAACGCGGCUCGGACGUUGUACACCUGCAGCAUGGCGAAACGGCUCGUGAUGAAGUCAGGUGAGCUCAUGGUGGAUGUCAACACAUCUGUGGAGUUCCAGUACCGCAAUGGGAAGAAGCAUCCAUCCAAUGAGCUCAUUCGCAAACUUCUGGGAUGGUUCAAGGCCCGGUACGCGGAAUUCUCACUUGAGGACUGGCCCCAACAAGCCGCACGAAGAGGUCCUCCUGUCGAUCACACUCAGCGUAUGGAUGAGGAAUCGGAGAACGACGUCUCCGCAGAUGACCAGGACAUGCUCGUUGAGGAGUACUUGCGACACCAGAUGAAGGCUCAAUCUGUGGCAGAAGGCAUGUCGGAGGAAGUCUACGAAAUGGAACCAUAUUUUGACGAGAAGGCCCGAGAGAUGCAGAAAGGUCUCGCUAACAACUUGAAGACUCACGAUCAGAUGUACAAUUUGUUUCAGAAGAUCUUUUGCGAGGAACAGCGCGAAUGGCCGAAGCACGACAAGAUACCCGACCGAGUCUCCUCGAACUACAACUAUGCGCGCUAUAAAGAGAAGGGCCUCGAGCUUCCUGCGGCGCCGAUUGCACCUUCUGGCUCGAAGCGUCGUCUUGAAGCAGAUCUGCAGUGCUCUCGUCAGAGCAAGCGUUCCAGAGUUGGCUGA